AUGGAGGCCAAUGGUCUCUCAGUUGCACCCGAUAAGAGUGAAGCGAUGCUGUUGGUAGAAAGAAGGACGAUACGAGAGAUGAGUGUACGUACAGAAGGUAGAGCAAUUGAGAGCCAGGAAGCGGUGGGUUACCUUGGGAUGGAAAAUGGUUGUGGGUCCCCGGGCCGACUGCUACCCACUCUAGGUGGACCCAGGGCGAGUAAAAGGAGAGUACUAUGUAGCGUUGUCCAUGGGAUUUUGUUGUAUGGAGCAGAGGCAUGGAUUGAUGGAUACCGCAAACAGAAGUAUCGGCAGAUGCUUCUAGGUAUCCAGAGAACCAUGGUUCUGCGGGUAUGUUAUGCGUAUCGUAGGGUGUCCGGGGAGGCACUAUGCGUGCUUGCUGGGGUCCCUCCGCUGGAUCUGCUGGCGGAAGAACGUCUCUGUGAAAGGAAGAGAAGGAAGAAUGAGAGGGAGGCAGACGCGGAAAGCCGCCUAGGCAAGGCGGCUAAUUCCGAACUUAGCUGA